AUGUCCGAGAGCGUUCGGAGCGCGACUCCGACUUCCUCGGCCGAAUACGAAGAGCACGAACCGUUCCAGACUUUCCGGGACAAAGUUCGACAACUAUGCGGGCUUCUCUGGCCAUCUUACAACUUGGACGACAUUCGCAUUGAGCGAAUGAAGGGCGGUUUUAGCAAUCGAGUCAUUGCCAUCCACGUCCCAGAAAAGCCAGCAGCCACUUUAGAGGAGCCUGCAGUCGCUCCAGAGCCUCCUCCACCCUCCGACAUCAAGGAUGCAGAAAAGGGGGGCAGUGCCCCUUCCGAGGAAAAUUCUCUACUGUUCAAAGGCUCUCUAGGACCAGGAGACUACGUGCUUCGAGUCCCACGUUUCCACUCAGCACAUCUGGACUAUGACAAGUGUAUCCUUGAUCUUGCGAGCACCUACACGGCUGUCGGCAUUCCCCAUGUAGUGGCCAUAGAAGAAGACUCCUCGGCUGCAAAUCCUAUCGGCCAGCCGUAUAUCCUGCAACAGAGACUCCCUGGACAACGUCUAGAUGAUAUUUGGAACAAAUUGAACCACCAACAGCGACUUCAAGUCACCAAGGAUGUGGCUAAUUUCUUUCUCGACGUUCAGAAGGCCACCAAUUCUUCAGGCGGUUUGCCAGAUUUCAAAGAGAGCAACAGUUGCCCCCAUGCCAUCCCCACCAAGGACUUCAAGUUUGUGGAGGAUCAUGAAGAUUCAAAGAGACCAAUUAAGCCCCAGCAUCCUGUCAACAUGCUCUGCGAGCGCCUCCUACGCUGGCACGAGAAGUAUUCGGGACCAGGAUUUGGAGAAGGGCCUUGGCUAGGCCUUAUUGAAAUGGUCAAGUCAAUGCAGACACUACACAAAACAUUUGGACCAGAUACACCAACAUAUCAUUUCCACCAUGGAGACCUUUUCCCCCGCAACAUUAUGGUUGAUACGCCCGAUGACCAGACUGCCACCGUAACAGGAAUUUUGGACUGGGAUGAAGCCCACUAUGCACCAGCCAUUGUGGCAUUCGCACCUCCAGCCUGGCUAUGGCUCGAGGCAUACUGGUCAGAUGACAUAGAGGACUACAUCAACGAGGAAGCAAUCUGGGAGUUUGCCGAGGAGAAGCCCGAGAACGAUGAGGCCAAGGAACUCCAAGCCGUUUUUGAAGAGACUGUUGGACUCGAGUUCCUACGGUACGCUUAUUCUCCUGAAUCAUGCGAGGCGAGAAAGAUUUGGCAUUCAGCAAAGGAAAGCAUCGGGAGGAGCUGGGUAAUUGACGAGCUCUCCCAGAUGCUUGCAGCAUGGCGGUUAGGCGAGGAGGGAGAUAUGGAAAACGGCCAGGAUGAACACACGACACCCAUCAACACACCACCCACGGACGAUGAAGAGUUUAGCCCUUAG